AUGAGAACUCUUGCGGUCUGUUGUGGAUCGGCGCUGUUCCUGCUGCUGCUCCCCUGCGUGUGCAUUGAGGCCUACAGGCCGGUCAUCAUCGUGCAUGGCCUCUUUGAUGGACCCAAGCAGUUCCGAACUCUGACUCUCUUCAUUCGCAAGACACAUCCUGGCACGGAAGUGACGGUGGUGGACGUGUACAACUACAAGGCCAGCCUCCAGCCGCUGUGGAAACAGGUGGAAGGCUUCAGGAAGGCCGUCGAGCCGAUCAUGAGAAAGGCUCCCCACGGCGUUCACCUGCUGUGUUUCUCCCAGGGGGGUCUUAUUUGUCGAGCACUUCUCUCCACGAUGCCCGACCACAACGUCCACACCUUCAUCGCCCUGUCAUCGCCCCUGGCAGGCCAAUACGGAGACACAGAAUACUUGCGCCGCAUGUUUCCUGACAGCGUCAAGAAAACCGUCUUCCUCGUUUGCUACAACGGCGUGGGGCAGAAAGUGUCAGUUUGCGGCUACUGGAACGAUCCUCACCACAGGUCCAGAUACUUAAAGAGCAACAAGUUCCUGCCGCUGCUCAAUGGCGACACACCUCACAAAGAGAUGGAAGCCUGGAAGGACAACUUCCUGCGCAUCAAGAAGCUGGUGCUGAUUGGAGGACCCGACGACGGUGUCAUCACCCCGUGGCAGUCCAGCCAUUUUGGAUUCUACGACAACAAAGAGCGCAUUGUCGAAAUGAGGAACCAGGAGUUUUACAGGAACGACACGUUCGGAUUGAAGACGCUGAACGCCCGUGGAGACAUGUCGUUGUGCCUCCACUCCGGAGUGCAGCACAUCCGCUGGCACUCCAACUUCACCGUAUUCAGCAGCUGCAUGGAGGAGUGGCUGACUUGAAAACACCAGCACGUUCCGACACCAUCAGCGCCAACUAUGGAUGCACAUAAUUUGGCACUGUAGAAAAAAAUAACAGCAUGAGUGUUCACCAGUUUUAGAUUUACUGUCAAGGUUCUUGACACCUGAAUAGAUGCAAUAUUUUAUUUUCUGUAUAUUUGUUCAACAAAUAAUUAUGUUUUAAUGUAUUUGUAUUCAAAAAUCCUUUUUAGAAUUGUGUUUAUUUUUUCUCUUAAUAUAUGCAAAUAUUAAAAACAAAAAGUGGUUAAAAUACAUAUUUUCUUGCUUGGUGUUCCA